ACCGAGCACAAUAGUGCCAAGUGUUGAUAUAUAUGUGUCUCCUAUGAAAAUGACUAGAAAUGCUGCUAUGCUACUGUUAGCAUGCUAACAGCAAGCAUGAUAGUGCUAAGUGUUUAUAAAAUAGUGUAUGAAAAUGGCUACAAAUGCUAUUGUCAGCAUGCCACCAAUUCUAACAUUAGCAUGCUAACACCUAGCCCAAUAGUGCUAAGUGUUGAUAUGUAUGUGUCUCCUAUGAAAAUGACUAGAAAUGCUGCUAUGCUAGUGUUAGCAUGCUAACACCUAGCAUUAUAGUGCUAAGUGUUUAUAAAAUAGUCUAUGAAAAUGGCUAAACUGCUACUGUGCUAAUGUCAGCAUGCUACCAAUGCUAACACUAGCAUGCUAACACCGAGCACAAUAGUGCCAAGUGUUGAUAUGUAUGUGUCUCUUUGAAAAUGACUAGAAAUGCUGCUAUGCUACUGUUAGCAUACUAACAGCUAGCAUGAUAGUGCUAAGUGUUUAUAAAAUAGUGUAUGAAAAUGGCUAAAAAUGCUAUUGUCAGCAUGCCACCAAUGCUAACAUUAGCAUGCUAACACCUAGCACAAUAGUGGUAAGUGUUGAUAUGUACAUAUGUGUCUCCUAUGAAAAUGACUAGAAAUGCUGCUGUGCAUUGCUAGCAUGCUAACAGCUAGCAUGGUAGUGCUAAGUGUCUAUAAAAUAGUGUAUGAAAAUGGCUAAAAAUGCUAUUGUCAGCAUGCCACCAAUGCUAACAUUAGCAUGCUAACACCUAGCACAAUAGUGCUAAGUGUUGAUAUGUACAUAUGUGUCUCCUAUGAAAAUGACUUGAAGGGCUGCUAUGCUAAUGUCAGGAUGCUAACACCUAGCCUAAUAGCACUCAGUGUUUGUAUAUAAGUGUAAGCGGACAGCGUAGUACGUAGCCUAGAGUACACCACGCAUGCCGAUGUUUUGGUUCUAAGUACUUUUCCAGAAAUCCAAGGACACUGUGCGGUAAAAAUAUAACAACAGGUCACAUGGUGUUGAAGGGGGUGUGGUCACAGGGGUGACGGUGACCUCCAUGCGUGCCUUGAUCUUUGGCGUCAACGAGACUCCACUCAGUUGUGGCGGCCUAUCUUUAGCCGCUUCUAUUUUAAAGGCGCUGAAAAACAUGGAGUCUCCCGUCGGAGCGGAGCGACUCCUCUCCAGCUCCUGUCCAGGAUUUAAGGAACGCUUUCGACCGCUGAAAGGAUUUCCGUCUGGAAUCACAGUGGGAGCGUUUCAAUGUCGGAGUCAGAAGACCACAUCAGCGGCAUGGAGUCGAGGGAGAGUCGGCCGUGUUGUCCCGCCGCCGCGCUCCCAGCCAGACUGACGGUGGUGGUGGAGGACACGCCCUUCUCCGAGGACAAGACGUUCCUGGUGCGGAGCUGCGACUAUUUCCGUGCGCUGUACCGCUCCGGAAUGAGGGAAUGUCGCCAGCAGGAGAUCCACCUGAAGUCUCUGCGCGCUCGAGGCUUCUUCAUCGCUUUGGCGGUCUUACGAGGCGAGGCGCCGGGCCUGGACGCGGACGACAUCGUGGAGGCCAUCCAGUGCGCCGCCUUCCUGCAGGUGGCGCCGCUCACAAAGCAUCUGGUCAACAUCGUGGACUCGGACAACUGCUUGCUCAUGUUGCACACGGCUGCGACCUUUGGCCUUUUGGAUCUCUACCACGCCGCCGCGUUGUUCAUACGAAACAUGUACUCAGACCUGGAAGUGGAGGUCAGAAGAACCUUGGCGCCCGACUUGAUCUCCUUCGUGGAGUCGCUGACCCCGAGCGCUUUGGUCGCCGUCGGCGCCCACGUGACCUGCAGCGAGAGCGGAAGCGUCCACGCGGCGUCCAGGACCGUGUGCUCCCUGGAUGAAAGCGGGAACAGCUGGAAAACGCUGACGGAUCUUCCCCUGGAGGCCAGCACCUCCAUGGCGGGCGUGGCCGUCCUGGACAACAAGCUCUACAUCGUCGGCGGCGUCCACGGCGCCCACAAGGACGUCGUGGAUGCCAGUUUCUGCUACGACGUUUCCGAGGACGGCUGGACCAAGCUGGCCGGUCCGCUGCAGCGGCGCUGCAACCUGAGUCUGGUGGGGCAAGAUGGCCGCCUGUACGCCAUCGGAGGCGAGCACGAGCGGGCGGUGAUGUCGUCGGUGGAAAUAUUAGAACUCAAGUCCGGCCGAUGGCGCUUCGCCGCUCACCUGCCUCGGCCGGCGGCGGGGGCGGCGUGCACCAAAACCAUGGGAAGAAUCUUCGUGUGCUUGUGGAGGCCCAUGGAAACCACGGAGAUCUACGAGUACGUCCCGCCUCGGGACGAGUGGCGUUUUGUCACCAGUCUGAUCCGCCGCCAGAGCUACGGCCACUGCAUGGUGGCCCACCGGGACGACCUCUACGUGAUGAGGAACGGCCCGUCGGACGACUUCCUGAGGUGCGUGAUGGACUGCUACAACCUGGGAACGGGCCAGUGGAGCGCUCUGCCGGGACACUUCGCCAACAGCAGGGGCUCGCUCUUCACCGCCGUCAUCCGCGGCGACUCCGUCUUCACGCUCAACAGGAGCUCCACUCUGGAGUACGUCGUCGGCGGGAAGACGUGGAAACCCAGACGCCAGAUGAAAGGAUUCCCGCGAAGUGGAUCGGUGUGGACGUUCCUGCUCCAGAUACCGAUGCGUCAAAAAUGAUACAUUCACAAACAAACCAUAAAAGUUUAACCGGACUCUUUAAGUUUGUUUGAUGUUUUCGCCUUUUGAUUCAUCGUGCACGUGCUCGCUGCAAGCUGAGAUGCGCAUGCGCCUGUCGCCGAUGAAUUGUUGCUGCCCUCUAGUGUUCACGUGGUGCUAACGCAUCCACGCACGGACGGAAACACAAUGAUUUUUUUCGGCUCUCUAAAAAGAGCCGGCUCUUUCAAGUCCCUAAAUGGUCAUAUUACUUUUAUUCCUUGAAUCGAUGAAAUAUUAUUUAUAUGGAGCCAAAUGUAUUAAAAAUGAU